AUGACAAUCGCAAGGGUGGAGUAAGACACUAUUCCUUGUCCCGCAGUUUUAUCGUCCCAUUUUAUUUUGCUGAAUCCAAAAAGCUAUUUUCAGACAGAAUCGCUCAGACGACGAAUUCGAAGAGUUGUCCCCAACGUUUGUGUCCUUGAAUAUCCGCGAUGAGAAGUCGGCCAAAGACUUCAUCAACCGAUUGUAUCCGAAUGAAAGGAAGAUGAUCUUUGAUUUGAUCCAACGGAAACGGGCCAAUCAAUACAAGACGGCCGAGCAACAGCAGCAAGAAGUCAUAGACGAAGUGCAUCACGAUGACCUGGUGGCUAUUUGGUGGAUCACUUAUGCUCCUUUCUUCCUCUACGGAUUCAUCGAUACCGCAACCAUGAUCGUUGCUGGAGAAUCUUUCGACCGGUAAAUGAAAGUAUAUAGAUCAGAUUUACUCCAACAAUCACUUACUUCAGAACAAUUGGUCAGUAUAUGGGCGUGUCCGUGAUGGCUGGAGCCGCUGCCGGUAAUAUCGUCUCCAACUUGGUCGGGAUUUAUUUUUUGCACUACGUAGAGCUCGGCGUUGCCCAAAUUGUAGAGUAAGUAUACCAUGAGUAAUCAAUAUAAUAUUUUGAAGACAACCUAAAUUUUUGCCCGGUCAAGAGAAACUCUGGGCCCUCAGAUUUGUAAAAAAUCUUGCCAGACUUUGUGGAAUCCUCUCAGGUUGUAUUCUCGGGACUUUUCCUUUGUUAUUUUACACGAAUGAAAGGCAAGACGAAGUAUUCAGUGACAACCAGUCGCUGGAGAAGAACGGCAAGUUCUACUAUCUAUAAUUACUGUGUUUCUGAACUUAUUGUUAUAUUUCUUAUGAUAAUUUUCGAAUUUUGAUUUUCGAUGUCAAAGGUUCUUUCCAAUGUGUCACGACUUUUCGGGUCAGGGACAGCUCGGGUCGCGACAGGUCGGGUCAACGACACCUCGGGUCAACGACAUUUCGGGUCAACGAUACCGCUUAAUAUUUUCGCUUCGGGACCGGGAAAAAAAAUCUUUGGUGAAUUUGAAAAUUUUUUGAAGUGUUUUCGCUUCGGGACUUGGAAAAAAAGGAUUUUUUGGAGAAUUGACGUUUCUUUUUAAUUUUUUUUAGGAAAAUAGUGAUUAUAAGCGACGAGAAAAUAAGGAAAUCGUAUCCAUUGGUUAUGUUUUUAACUGGAUGCACGGGAUUCUUAAAAAUUAAAUUCUCCAAAAUAUUCUUUUUCCCAAGUCCCGAAGCGAAAACAUUUCAAAAAUUUUUCAAACUCACAAAAAAAAUCUUUUUUCCGAGACCCGAAGCGAAAAUAUUAAACGGUGGCUAGUGCCGUAGUCUGGAAGUGAAGAGGCCGCACGGGUUCGUUAGAAACUCAUGAAACUGUAAAGUAAAAUUGUAACAUACAGAUAAAAAGGUAUUCGAAAUCAACUCCCUCAAUUACCUAUAAAACCCGAACUGUCACAAGAAGGCUGGCCACUCGAGCCCGCCGGAGAUGAAAUCUUUUUACCUAACAAUAAAUUGUAGUUUUUUUAUACUUUAUAUUUUUGUUGCAGAACAUGAAUUCAGACAUGAUUGGUUAUCCGAAGCCUGUCAAACAUUGAGCCAACCUCUUCUUCAAGAUGGAUUACAGCAUUAUUUCACUGCAGAUGCAGAAGUAACUGCCGAUGAAUCAAGUGUAAUUGGGGAGGGACUGACCGAUUACGAUGAUGCAAACUCCAUGGAUGUAAAGUUUACACCAUCGGCCACAACAGAGGAACCACUGCAUGCCAACAAAUUAGAAUACUGA